AUGGCACCAAGGAAGAACAAGGAGCCAGCCUCUUGGGAGGUAGAUGCUGACAAACCCAAGCCUGAAGGAGAGACAAGAGUCAGACGUUCAUACUGCAUCAAAGACUUGGUCACCCAGCCCGCUCCAGGAAUAGAUACAGUCCACGAUGUGAUGCUGUACGCAGCUAAGACACACGGGUCCAAGAAAGGCUUCGCAUCUCGUAAUAUCGAGAAGAUCAUCUCAGAGGAGAAGGAAGUCACCAAGAUGGUCGGUGGAAAAGAGACCAAACAAAAGAAGACGUGGAACUACUUCAAGCUGACACCAUAUGAGUGGAUGACCUACGAAGAGGCUUUACAAAGAGUCAAGGAGAUUGGUGCGGGUUUGAGGGAAUUGGGAGUAGAGGAUAAGAGAGAGAACAAGUUUUUCAAUAUCUAUGCUCAAACUUCUCGAAAUUGGAUGUUGGUCGCUCAGUCAUGCGCUUUCAACGCCGUACCUAUCUCGACCGCGUACGACUCCUUAGGUCCAGAAGGAUUAAAACACGCAUUGAACGAGACCGAAGUCAAUGGAAUGUUCACCAAUGCCGAUUUGCUCGGUACACUGGUCAAGAUCAUCGAACAUUGCUCGACAGUCAAGCUGAUCGUAUAUGAUGGGAAAUCAGAAGAUGGGGCUAUCGAUAAACUCAAAGCUAUCAGAGAUGACAUCAAGGUCAUUCACUUGGAUGAAGUGAUUGAACUGGGUAAAAGCAAACCUGUAGAGGCUUUACCUGCCAAAGCCGAAGAUGUGUACUGUUGUAUGUACACCUCUGGAUCAACUGGAACUCCAAAGGGUGUACUUCUUACCCACCGAAAUGUCGUUGCUGCUAUCGGUUCCGUGUGGACCUUGCUCUACGAGUACCUCACUACCAAAGAUUCAUAUCUCGCAUUCCUUCCCCUCGCCCAUAUUCUUGAGUUCGUCGUGGAGAACUCGUUCAUCUUUGCUGGUUUACCUAUCGGUUACGGUAGAGUCAAGACUUUGACUGAUGCAAGUGUAAGGGAAUGUAAAGGUGAUAUCGCGGAGUUCAGACCAUCCAUCUUGGUCGGUGUCCCCGCCGUUUGGGAAUUGAUCAGAAAAGGUAUAUUAUCGAAAGUAGACACUGCUGGUGCCCUGAAGAAAUCUAUUUUCAACUUCGCUGUCAAAGCUAAGCAGACUGCGAACCAAUAUUCCUUACCUCUUGUGGGCGGUCUGACCGACAAAGUCGUCUUUGACGCCGUGAGAGCUCAAACUGGUGGCAAACUGAAGAUCAUGUUCAAUGGUGGUGGUGCCGUUUCCAAGAGCACACAAGCUUUCUUAUGUACCGCUUUGGUGACGAUGAUUCAAGGUUAUGGUCUUACCGAAUCUACUGCUAUGGCCUGCAUCCUCAACCCCAGCUUUAUGCAAUACGGAGCGGUUGGAGGACCUGUCCCCGCGGCGGAGAUCAAGCUUGUCGAUGCUCCCGAAGCUGGCUACUUCUCUACUAACACUCUGCCUCAAGGUGAAAUCUUACUUCGUGGUCCGGCGAUCUUCAAGGGGUAUUACAAACGCCCUGAUCUCGAUAAAGAAGCGUUCACGGAGGAUGGAUGGUUCAGAACAGGAGAUGUUGGUCAAUGGAACAAAGAUGGUACUCUGGCAAUUAUCGAUCGACUGAAGAAUUUGGUAAAAUUAUCAGGUGGUGAAUACAUUGCGAUCGAAUACCUCGAAUCAAUUUACAAGUCUUGUCCCCUCGUCGCGAACGGAGCGAUCAUCGCUAACGGCGAACAUAAUAACCCUGCUAUGGUUGUCGUUGGACAUCCAACGAACUUGCCUGCCUUUGCGAAGAAGAACGGUCUGGGAGAUGGAGAAGAUUUGGAACAUCUAUGUAAAGAUGAGAGAGUUGUCGAAGCCGCUUUGAAAGAAUUGAAUAACGUUGGUAAGAAAGCUGGUUUGAAAGGUAUGGAGUUGUUGGAAGCUAUAGUGUUAGUUGCGGAUGAGUGGACACCAGAAUCCGGUUUCUUGACUGCUGCUCAGAAACUCCAACGUAAGGUCAUCUCCGACCAAUACGCCGACAGGAUCAAGGCUGUCUACCCAUAA